CUAAUCAUAUGGCCAAAGUAUGCAACAUUAGAAUUGAUAAGGGAAACAAAUUGAUAAAAAUACAAACACUUCAGUUGUGAAUUGCAGUGCGGGGUAAAUUGUAAACAAUUUACACUAAGCUUGUUGAUGAUUGUGGAAUGUCAUCUAUAUAUAAAAUCCAAGUUGAUUUAAAAACUUUAGUACAUUUUGAAUAAAUCUUUCAGAGUAGUAUUGCGGAGAAAAAAUGAGUUUUAUUCCAACAGAACACCAACAUAGGCGCUUGAACCCUUUGACAGGACAGUGGGUACUUGUCUGUCCCCAUCGGAUGUUAAGACCUUGGUCUGGGCAGCAAGAGUCGCCACAAAAAAAUGAUUUAUUAGAAUUUGACCCAACGAAUCCGCUAUGUCCUGGUGUCACAAGACCUAAUGGAGUCGUUAAUCCUGUGUAUGAAGGCACUUUUGUUUUUACUAAUGAUUUCCCAGCUUUGUUGGAAGAUAUUCCCUCACCACCAGAGAGCGAUGAUCCUCUUUUCCAGGCAGCUCCAGCAAAAGGCACUUGCAGGGUAAUGUGUUUUCAUCCUAAAUCCAAUUUAACUCUUCCCCUAAUGACGCUCCCAUCUAUUGAGAAUGUAAUACAUGAGUGGAUUAAUCAAUACAAUGAAUUGAGUCAGAAAUAUACGUGGGUACAGAUAUUCGAAAACAAGGGUUCUGCAAUGGGUUGUUCUAAUCCACAUCCGCAUUGUCAAAUAUGGGCCUGCUCAUUUUUGCCAUCCGAUCCAGCACUUAAAAAUGAAAAUUUACAAAAAUACUUUCGGCAACAUAAGAGACCCAUGCUUGAUGAUUAUGUUAUUAAAGAGCUGGAGCGUAAGGAACGCGUUGUAAUUGUAAAUCCCGACUGGGUCGUUGUUGUCCCUUAUUGGGCUGCAUGGCCUUUUGAGACAAUGAUCAUAUCGCGUAAUAACAACAAACGUAUUAAUGACCUUACUGAACGUCAACUAAAAAAUUUAGCUAUAGUUGUGAAGCAGUUAACAACCAAAUAUGAUAAUCUAUUCAAGUGUUCAUUCCCCUAUUCGAUGGGCUUUCAUGGAGCACCUUCCGGGGAUAUGGCUUCAGACGACGAUCACCAUUGGACUUUGCAUGCCAUUUAUUACCCACCUCUGCUACGAUCUGCUACCGUUAGAAAAUUUAUGGUCGGCUUUGAAUUAUUAUGUCAAGCUCAAAGAGAUUUAACAGCGGAACAAGCUGCUCAGCGUUUAAGGGAACUAGAUGGUAGCAAACACUAUCUUACAAACUAACUACAUUCAUUCAAAGC